AUGCACGCGUAUUGCUUGAUGAAAUGUCAAUGUGGGUUUUGUUUGUUUGGCUAUGCUUGGUUGGAAACUUAUAUUCUAAAAUGGAUCUUACAGUUCUUGGAGAAUGGGCUUGGUGGUGAUGGAACUCUUCUACAGACUAGUCAUUCAUUGGAUGACAAAAUUCCUGUUCCUGGAGUGAAUUCUGACCCUAGAUUGAUGAGUGAAUUUGAUGUUACCAGAAGCACAGCCCAUUUUUGUGCUGCUACUAUUGAAAACUUUGAACAAGUUUUUGAUGGUAUACUUGAAGGUCAAGUUCUUCCGUCCAAGUUAACAAGGAUGAUGAUAUCUGUUAACGCCCUACCCUUGUCAACUUAUGCUCUCAAUGAUAUCUUAGUUGCACAUCCAUGUCCUGCAUCACUUUCAGGUUUCCUUCAGGUAAAAUCUUUCCUGGGAGAAAUUAAAACUCUUCAACUCAUACAUUUUGUUAAUUUCAAAUGA